CCCCAGUCGGGGCAGAUGUGGGUGAGUGUGGGGCAGGUAGCGGCGCUACUGGGCGGGGCUAGGCGGGGCGGGGCGGGGCUGAGCGGUAUAUACAGGGCAGUAGGGCUCACAGUUGGGAGUCGGGGGAGAAGCCUGUCUGUCCGGCCGCUGUGUCUGUGCCCCCGGCUGUGCCGCCCUCAUCCUCAUCUUCCUCACCGCCCCCCCACCUACCGGCCGUUCCGGGUGUUGGGAACCUACAUGAGCAACAUGGAGCACAAAAUCAGCCAGACGGUGACCCGUUCUGUAGUCACUCGCACAGUCGUGCACUCAGCGGGCACCGCGCAAACGAGGGUCGUGCAAAGUUCUCAGAGUUCCCAUUCUGCCCAGCACCUACGGGAGUUACAGGCUUCUGGGCCGACCAAGGUCUCACCGAGCAUUGCCGGCUUCUUUGUGGAGAAAACCAAGGAGAAGAUCAGUAUAUACCAAGCCCUGCAGGAGAAACUGGUGACCAGUGAAGUGGCCUUGUCACUGCUGGAAGCCCAGGCCGCAACUGGCAAUAUCCUCGAUCCGAAGAGCAACCAGAAACUAUCGGUGGAGGCUGCCAUUGGCCAGGGAAUCGUCGGCCCAGAAUUCCAAGAAAAGCUGCUGUUUGCCAACAAGGCAGUGACGGGACACAGGCACAAGGAUGGAACGUUGUCACUGUUCCAAGCAUUCAAGAAAGGCCAAAUCAAUCAACCAAACACAGUACGACUGCUCGGGGCUCAACUGGCCACCGGCGGCAUCAUCAGCCCUUCAGAUGGACAGCGUGUGUCUUUGGCAGAAGCCAUUAAACUAAAUCUCAUUGAUGAAGAAAUGGCUUCAAUGUUCUCUAAAAACAGCGACUCAGUCAAAUGCUACCUAGACCCCAAUACACAAGAAGCAGCAACAUAUCAGCAGCUCUUGGCCAAAUGCACCACCGAUACCGAGUCAGGAUUGGCCCUUCUUGCACUGCAGGGAACCCUACAAGGACUGAGAAAGCCCGUGACGGCAGAACAGCUGCUGAGGGCCAAUAUAAUCAACCAGGCUUUAUACGAUGAUAUCCGGCAGGGCAAGGAACGUUUAGAGAAUGUUGGGGAGCGGCAUGAAGUCAAGCAGUGUCUGCAUGGUUUGGGGAGCAUUGGGGGAAUUUAUGUGGAGAGCACCAAAGAGAAAAUCAGCAUCUACCAAGCCAUGAAGAAGAACAUUCUCUCAUCACAUGUGGCAGCUUCUCUGCUGGAAGCACAGGCUGCUUCAGGCUUUAUUAUAGAUCCAGUGAGCAACCGGACCUUCACCGUAACAGAAGCCAUCAAAGAGGAGCUGAUAGGACUUGAACUGAAGGAGAAGCUGCUCUCUGCUGAAAGAUCCGUGACCGGAUUUAGUGACCCAUACACAGACAGCAGGAUCUCUCUUUUCCAAGCCAUCAAGAAAGAACUUAUCGACAAGAACCUCGGCAUGAAUCUGCUGCAAGUCCAGAAAGCCACCGGGGGUUUUAUUGAUCCUGUUAACAGCUUUCAUGUCCCUGUGGAAGUUGCUUACCAGCAAGGAUUGCUUGAUGAGGAGAUGAAUCGUCUCUUAUCAGAUCCUCUUAAUGGUCCUAAAGGUUUCUUAGAUCCAAACACCAACGAUGCUGUAACUUACGCUGAGCUGAAAAAACGAUGCAUUGUGGAUCCAGAAACGAAAGUCUUCUUUUUUCCUGUAAAACUCACCUUCCAAGGCAUUAGAGGCAAAGUUACUGCUGAUGAACUGUUGGACUCUCUGAUCAUUGAUAGAGAAACGUUUGAAAACCUACAGCAGGGAAGAACAUCUGAUAAAGAAGUUGCUGAUCGGGAGUUGGUGAGACAAUAUCUUGAAGGCACUGGGUGCAUCGCGGGAGUGGUCAUUGUAUCUUCCAGUGAGACAAAGAGUUUAUAUCAAGCAAUGAAAGAGCAUUAUCUCAUGUCAGGAACUUCCAUUGCGCUUCUGGAGGCCCAGGCAGCCACGGGGGGUUUGAUAGACCCCAUCAAGAACCUUAAGUUUUCUGUUGAUGAAGCUGUGAAAAACGGCUUAGCUGGGCCAGAACUCUAUGAAAAACUGCUUUCUGCUGAAAAAGCCACAACGGGGUACAGAGAUCCUUAUAAUGGGCAGAAAGUGUCACUCUUCCAAGCUAUAAAAGGGGGGUUUGUGGAGAGACAUCAUGGUAUUCAGCUCUUGGAAGUACAAAUGGCCACUGGUGGCAUCAUAGACCCACUACACAAACACCGUGUCCCAAAGGAGGUCGCUUACAAGCGAGGCUUGUUUGAUGAUGACAUGAACAAGAACAUAUUGGCCAUGAUGGAAGAACCCAAGGGAUAUUUUGAUCCCAACUUAAAAGUAAAUAUUAAUUAUGGACAGAUGUUGCACAAGUGCCUUGUUGAUCUCGCCACAGGCCUAUAUCUCCUGCCAAUCUUUGAUCAAACUCAACAGACAUGCCCAAAUACUCUUAUAGACUUCCAAACAACGAUGACCCUGAAAGCAGCCAAAAUUCCCGUGACAUCCGGAAAAUACAAAGCACAAACCGUCUCCAUUUGGGAACUUUUAUUUUCAGACUAUUUCACCACCGAGGAAAGAAUUUCACUCGUUUAUCGGUUUAAAUGCCAGACGGUGACAUUGGAAGGGUUAUCCAAUCAGAUAAAUACAAACAUUCAGCAAAUAGUAUCGAGCACCAAAAUCUCCUUCGAAGGGCUAAGGGAGCGCGUGACCCCCAAACAGCUGCUGAAUUCUGAUAUCAUAGACAAGACUUUGUAUGAGAAACUGGAGCAGGGUGAAGCCUCAGUGAAGGACGUGGUAAAUAUGGACACAGUAAAGAAAUACCUGCAGGGCACUGGCUGCAUUGGUGGACUGAUUCUUACAGAGACUCAAGAGAAAAUGAGCAUCUAUCAAGCAAAGAGAAAAGCCCUGCUCAGACCAGGAACAUCGCUGAUCCUUCUAGAAGCUCAGGCAGCAACUGGAUUCAUCAUAGACCCCGUGGAGAACAAAAAGUAUUCUGUCGAGGAGGCCCUUAAGGCAAAUGUGAUUGGGCCAGAAUUCUAUGAGAAGCUGCUUUCAGCAGAGAAGUCUGUGACGGGCUACAUAGAUCCUUACACCGAGAAAACAAUCUCUCUCUUCCAGGCUAUGAGCAAGGGACUGAUUGUGAAGGAGCACGGAAUACGUCUUCUAGAAGCCCAGAUUGCUAGUGGCGGCAUCAUCGAUCCAAUAAAUAGCCACAGGAUUCCAGUGGAGGUUGCUUAUAAGCGCGGUUACUUUGACAAAAAAAUGAACCUGAUCCUUUCAGAUCCGAGUGAUGACACCAAAGGGUUCUUCGACCCAAACACCAAUGAAAAUCUCACCUACUUGCAAUUAAAAGAGAAGUGUAUCACUGAGCCGACCACCAACCUCUGCCUCCUCCCCCUGCGUGGUAAGAAGAGCCUGGUUAGUAUCAAUGACUCAGUCAAGGCCUCACUCAGCAAUCUGGAGAUUUAUGUAAGAUAUGGAAGGUUCAGACAGAAAACAGUCUCUGCUUGGGUUCUGAUUAACUCCGAGUACUUCAGCGAGUGGAAAAGGAGAUACAUAGUAGAACAGUAUAGACUGCAGAAGAAGACCCUUAAGGAGAUUGCCAUUUUGAUUGAAGAGGAAAUGAAUAAGUGGACUGACAUCCGAUUCCCAGCUCUUAGGGGGCAAGUCAACAUUCAUCAACUUCUGGAGUAUGAGAUCAUUGACAAAGAGCUGUUUCAGCAGGUUCUGGAUGGAAAGGUCAAGGUGGAAGAUGUAAUGAAAACAGAAAAGGUCCAAAGACAUCUGCAUGGUUCUGAUAUACUUGGUGGGGUUAUCCUUCAACCAUCUAACCAAAGGAUCAGCUUCCUCGAGGCAACAAAGAAAAGAAUUUUGCUCCCCAGUACAGUCCUACCAAUACUUGAGGCCCAGGCUGCUACCGGCCAUAUCAUUGAUCCAAUAAGUAACCAGAAACUGACUGUUGAUGAAGCCCUUAAAGCCGGUGUUAUUGACCCACAGCAUUAUGACAAACUUUUGACUGCUGAAGAAGCUGUAACGGGCUACAAAGAUCCAUUUACAGGCAGAAGAAUAUCCCUCUACCAGGCCAUGAGAAAGGGACUUGUGGAUGAGAAGCAUGCCAUCCAGCUUUUAGAUGCCCAGUUGGCCACAGGGGGGAUUAUUGAUCCAGAUACUGCCUUACAUCUUCCAGUUUCCGUAGCCAAUAAGCAUGGUUUCUUUAAUGAUGAGCUGCAUCAAAGCCUGUCUACUGAUGCUUUAAAUUCCUACUGUGAUCCUACCACCAAACAAAUGGUGUCUUACUCAGAACUGGUCAGUCGCUCCGAGCAGGACAAACCUGCAGGUAUCCGUUUGAUUCCACUGCCUGAAGGCUUUACCGAGGUUCCCACCGAUAACAUUUUCUCUGAGGAGGAAGUAAAAGAGACAUUCAAAAAUACAAGGAUCGAAGAAAGGAACACAACAUUGUGGGUCCUGAUACAUUAUGGCUACUUUACUGAGGAGCAGAGAUCCCAGAUCCUGGAGAGAUACAAACUGAAGAAAGCAACUUUGCAGGAGGUCACUACUGAGAUUCUGCAGUUUAUCAAGGACAAUGAAAUUAAAAUGACCACUCACAUCAGCUUUGAAGGCCUUCGGGGAAAAGUUCCAGCAAUACGACUGCUGGAUCUGGGCAUUCUUAAUCAGACCGUGUUUAAUGAACUUUUGCAGGGGUUGAAGACAACUGAGGAAGUGUCUAAGUUAGAGAGUGUGAAAAAAUACUUGCAAGGAACUGGCUACAUCUCUGGGGUCUUCCUACAGUCAACCAAGGAGAAAAUGAGUAUUUAUCAGGCAAUGAAAAGAAACCUCAUCAUGCCUGCCAAUGGGUUACUGUUCCUAGAAGCUCAGGCUGCCACAGGGUUUCUGAUCGAUCCAGUAUAUAACCAAAAGUACUCAGUGGAUAGUGCUGUUAAGGCCGGAGUUGUAGGACCAGAACUUCAUGAGAAGUUGCUGACAGCCGAGAGUGCUGUGACCGGGUUCCUCGACCCCUACACAGGAAACAAAAUUUCACUGUUGCAAGCCAUUGGCAAAGAUCUACUCCUGCGCAAUGAAGCAAUACCACUUCUCCAAGCCCAGAUUGCAGCUGGAGGAAUUGUCGACCCAAACCACUGCCAUUAUGUCCCGCUGGAGAUGGCUCACAAACUUGGCUUUCUGGAUGAAGAGGUUGACGUGGCCAAAUCAACAAUCAGUCUAAAAGCUUUCUAUGAUCCCGACACCAAAGAGAACCUGUCCUACAUGGAGCUCAAAGACAAAUGCUAUAAAGACCCAGAGACAGGUCUCUUAUUACUGCCACUUUCAGAAAGUGCUGCCAUUUAUGCUGAUGAAAACAUUAUAAGUGUGCUGAAAUCUGUUACGGUCAAUGUCCAAGCAGGAAGAUUUAAAGGUCAAGUGGUCUCGGUCUGGGAACUUCUGAAUUCUGAGUAUAUCAGCGUGAGCAAACUGAAGGAGCUGCUAGCCUUGUACAGUAAGAGCAGUGCCGAGGCUCUCCAGCUGCUCAUACAAACAGUCACCACUAUCAUCAUAGAGUCAGAGAAAGAAAGCAAAAAGAUACAUUUCAAAGGUCUCCGACGACAAGUUUCAGCAAGUGACCUGUUCCUGUCCGAGGUGAUCGAUAAACAAACUCUCGAUGACCUGAACCUGGGGAAGAAAACGAUCACUGAAGUCACAGAGAUGGAUAAUGUCAAGCGCUACCUGGAAGGAACCAACUGCAUCGCAGGGGUCCUUGUUCAAGCAACCAACAAGAAGAUGAGCAUCUAUGAAGCAAUGCUCAAAGGCAUCCUUAGACCUGGGACAGCCCUAGUGCUUCUAGAAGCCCAAGCAGCCACUGGAUUUAUUGUUGACCCUGUGAAAAAUAUGAAGCUGUCCGUUGACGAAGCAUUAGGUUGUAGACUUAUAGGACAGGAGAUUUAUAAAAAGUUGCUCUCCGCAGAGCAAGCAGUUACUGGUUACACCGACCCACACAAUGAAGAAAAGAUUUCCCUCUUCCAAGCUAUGAACAAGAAACUGAUUGUGGAAAGCCAUGGUAUACGCCUUCUAGAGGCUCAGAUUGCUACCGGAGGCAUCAUUGAUCCAGUGCACAGCCACCGAAUCCCAGUAGAUACGGCCUAUAAGCGCGGCUAUUUCAAUGAAGAAAUGAAUACAAUUCUCUCUGACCCCUCUGAUGACACCAAAGGAUUCUUUGACCCAAACACCCAUGAAAACUUGACUUACCUACAACUGGUAGAAAGAUGCAUCCAAGACCCCGAGACUGGACUGUAUCUCCUGCAAGUUGUGAAGAAGGGAGAGAAUUACUUCUACAUCACUGACAAAAUUAAGGAAGAUCUACAAUCAAAACGCGUGCUGAUGCAUCAUGGAAGUUUCACAAACCAAACAGUAUCUCUCUGGGAAAUCCUUUCUUCUCACUACGUCACGGAUCUCAAGAGGAGAGAACUUGUAAGGCUGUAUAUAGAGGGAGUGAUGACCGAGGAACAUCUCCUAUCCUCUGUAACCACACUAAUUAUGGACUAUGAGAGCAAAAGUAACAUAUUAAUGUUCAAGGGGAUAAGGGGUGAAGUAAGUGCCACAGAACUGUUCAAUGCAGAGAUAAUUGACAAGAAGACCCUAGAUGACCUGAGGGCUGGGAAGAAAACAGUGGAGGAUAUUGCACAGGUGGACUCCAUAAAAACAUACCUGGAGGGGACAGGCUGCAUAGCCGGUGCCUUUGUGUUACCAGACAAUGAAAAACUCAGCGUCUAUGAAGCCAUCAAGAAAGGGAUCCUACCUAACGAUAUUGGCUUAACACUUCUUGAAGCCCAAGUGGCCACUGGUUUCCUCAUAGAUCCAGUAAAGAAUAAGAGGCUCUCUGUUUCUGAAGCUUUGUCUGCUGGUCUCAUCGGUACCGACGUUCAGAAUAAACUUGAACUUGCAGAACAAGCAGUUACCGGAUUCACCGAUCCUGACUCUGGCAAUAAACUCUCACUGUUCCAAGCCAUUAAGAAGGGUUUAAUUAAUAGAGACCAGGGCCUUUAUUUGCUGGAGGCCCAGUUGUGCACCGGUGGCGUUAUCAAUCCACUUUACAGCCACAGAGUUCCUCUGGGUGCGGCAUAUAAGAAAGGGCUUUUGGAUGAAGAUACUUACAUCUUGUUAUCAGAUGGGAAAAAAGGAUUUACUGACCCAAACACCCACGAAAGGAUAAGUUAUAAAAACCUGAUGGAAAGAUGCACGAAGGACACCACAACUGGACUAGAUUUACUUCAACUAGCUAAAAAGAGGGAUGAUUACUUCUACAUUGAUAAUCCAACCAAAAACAUCCUGACAUCUACCCCUUUGAAAAUGCAUGCUGGAAAAUUUCAAGGCCAAGACGUCUCGCUGUGGGAUAUCUUAUGCUCCAUCUACAUCUCUGAAGAGAAAAGAAAAGAACUCAUUAAAAAAUACAAAAGUGAGACUACGGCAACUCUUAAAUCCAUAAUAGCAACUAUAUUGUCCAUCAUUGAAAAGAAGGAAACCACUCAAAGUGAUAUUUGGUUCCAGGGAUUGAGAAAGCAGGUAACAGCCUCUGAAUUGUACAGUGCAGGGAUCAUCAACAAAGAAACACUUGAGGGGCUCAAGCAGGAACCGCACACUAUAACAGAUGUAGCUCAGAAUGAAUCUGUGAAGAAAUUUCUAGAAGGAACCAGCUGCAUCGCUGGAUUGCUUGUCCCAUCGCUAGAGAACCCAGCCAUAAAGGUGAAGAUGAACAUUUACAAUGCCAUGUUGAAACGCAUACUCCGACCAGGAACUGCUCUGGUUCUGCUUGAGGCACAAGCAGCCACUGGAUUUAUAAUUGACUCUAUAAAAAACAAAAAACUUUCUGUAGAUGAAGCUUUCGAGGCUGGACUGAUUGGCUAUGAGAUUUACGAAAAGCUGCUGUGUGCAGAAAAAGCAGUGACUGGCUACACCGAUCCUUACACCGGCAGCAAGAUUUCCCUCUUCCAAGCAAUGAAAGCAGAUCUAAUUGUGAAAGAACACGGGAUCCGUGUCCUGGAAGCCCAGAUAGCCACAGGGGGCAUUAUUGAUCCAGUGCACAGUCAUCGCGUCCCUGUGGAAGUGGCCUACAAACGUGGCUACUUUGAUGAAGAAAUGAACCAAAUCCUCUCUGACCCUACUGAUGACACCAAAGGAUUCUUUGACCCCAAUACCCAUGAGAAUCUAACGUACAUGCAGUUGAUUAAACGUUGUGUUCAGGAUCCAGAAACAAAGCUGUAUAUGCUGGAGAUACACGGCAGCAAGCCCUCUCCUGGGAACGUGCAAAGCGCCCUACGGCAGAAGACUGUUGAGGUGACAACGGGGCAGUUCCAAGGCAGGAAAGUCUCCAUCUGGGAUCUUAUACAUUCACAGUACAUUUCCCCAGAGAAACGGGAUGAUCUGCUAAAGAAAUUUACAUCAGGAACCUUAUCCAUUGAGGAACUUAUGGAAAUCAUCAUCACUAUGAUUUAUGAGACAGAAGCAACGGCGCUGCCAACUGAUACCAUAGAUGCUGUUAAACAGGAUGAACAAAUCAUAACGUUGUUCUUGUCGGAAAAGGUUGAUGUGACAAUGGGGGAUUUCAGAGGGAAAAGUGUAUCCUUGUGGGAGAUUCUCAAUUCUCACUAUAUCUCUGAGGAGAAAAGAAAAGAACUAAUAGACAAAAUGAAAGUGGGAAGCACAACCAUGGAGGAAAUAAUUGCCAUUGUCAUCACUAUCAUUACCGAAACGGAACUCCAGAAGGGAACCCAAGUGCCGCAGAUUGUGCGGUUUGACCAGUGGGUGCAAGACAAUGACAUCCAGGAGGCUCUGAAGAGAAUCAGCAUUAAUGUCACAAAGGGGCAGUUUCAGGGUCAGGAGUUUUCCAUCUGGGAUCUCCUUCAGUCCAAAUCCAUUCCAGAGGAGACAAGACUGGAACUAUUAGGGGAUUACAGAUUAACCAUUGAGGAAAUCAUAAAAGGUGUCGUACAGUCGGUUAAAGACACAGAGAUCGGGAGCUGCACAUACGACUUGCACGAUGAGGUGUUCAACGUCUUACAGACCGUAAAGACUGAUGUGACGGUUGGUGAAUUUAAAGGCCAGAAAUAUUCCGUAUGGGAACUUCUAAACUCAAAAUACUUCUCUGAAGAUAAAAAGAAAGAACUACUUGAAAAUUUUAAUCUAGGAACAAUUAAUAUCCAUGAACUGAUCCAAAUAAUCACUACAAUAAUAGAGGAAAUGGAAGAAAACACCAGAAGGUUAAAGUUCAAAGGACUGAGAAGGCAAGUGACAGCCACUGAACUGCUCACCUCAGAAAUCAUUGACCAAGACACCCUACGGGAGCUCGCUCAGGGCAAGAAAACUGUGGAAGAAGUGACAGAAAUGGAUACAGUAAAGAGAUACCUUGAAGGAGAAAGUUGCAUUGCGGGAAUUCUGGUUCCAUCUGCAAAGGAACCAUCACAGAAAGACAAAAUGAGCAUCUAUAAUGCGAUGCAGAAAAAUAUCCUGAGACCAGGAACCGCUCUGGUACUUUUAGAAGCUCAGGCAGCCACUGGAUUUGUCAUUGACCCAAUAAAUAAUAAAAAACUUUCUGUAGAUGAAGCGGUAGCUGCUGGGGUCAUUGGGAAAGAACUCCAUGGAAAGCUCCUUUCUGCAGAACGGGCAGUAACAGGUUAUAAGGACCCUUAUACUGGGGACAAAGUCUCACUAUUUCAGGCCAUGCAGAAAGAACUGAUAGUAAAAGACCACGGCAUCCGUCUUCUUGAAGCCCAAAUUGCCACCGGUGGAAUCAUUGACCCAUUGCACAGCCACCGUGUUCCAGUGGAUAUUGCUUACAAACGAGGAUACUUUGAUGAAGAGAUGAACCAAAUCCUCUCAGAUCCUUCUGAUGACACCAAGGGGUUCUUUGAUCCCAAUACCCAUGAGAACCUCACCUACAUGCAGCUUCUCCAGAGAUGCAUUAAAGACUCUGAUACUGGACUUUGCUUGCUUGAGGUUAGUAAGGCCAAGUCUACUCACUUUAAGGCAGAGACAAAUUUUGAAAGCAGAUUAAAGUCCCUUACUGUCCAUCUAAAGAUUGGCCACUACCAAGGGCAGAAUGUGUCCCUCUGGGAACUUCUCAAUUCACAUUAUUUUUCAGAAGAAAAGAGACAGGAGCUGCUACUGAAGUACAAAACAGGAGCCAUCACUAUUAAUGAGCUGCAGACAAUCGUUAUAACUACAACUGAAGAGCUGGAAAGUAAAAAAACUGGGCAUUUAAAUGGAUCAGUUCAUGAAGAGUUGGACCAGAAAACUGUGCUGAGCUCUGCGUUUGUGCAGGUUACUAAGGGCAAGUUCAUGGGUCAAAAGAUCUCCAUCUGGGAGCUCCUGAACUCUGAGUAUAUUACAGAAGAGAAGAGGAAAGAGAUCCUACAGAAGUACAGCUCAGGGGCUUGGACCAUGGAAGAAAUCAUCACUCUCAUCACAACAAUCAUUGCUGAGGUAGAAGAGAAUAGGGAGAAGCUUGAGAAGGAAAAACAAAGCACAUCAGAGUCUCUCCAUUCAACCACAGGUACCGAUAAGCAACUCCAACAAGCCCUGGAUGUCAUUACAGUCAGUGUCCCGGCUGGUGAGUUUCAGAAAGAGAAGAUAUCUCUCUGGGAAAUUCUCCAUACCAAAUACAUCUCAUCAGAUAAAAGGAACAGUCUACUAAACAAGCACCAGGUCACCGUAGAGACAUUAAAGGGAGAUAUAAUGAAACUAAUUGGGGAGAAAGAAGUGAAGGGGGAUGAGGAGGUUAAGCAAACACUUGAACUAAAGUUUAUGGAUGUGAGAGUUGGUAAAUUCAAAGGACAACAAGUUUCCCUGUGGGUUUUGCUUCACUCAAAAUACAUUUCUGAAGAGAAGAGAAAAGAACUUCUGGAAAAAUACAAAUCAGGGACAUUGACCCUGGAAGAAAUGUUCAGAAUCAUUAUCACUAUAAUUGAGGAGACUGAGGAAAAAAGUCACAAUAUAAAGUUCACAGGCCUCAGGAGGCAGGUAACAGCCACUGAGCUACUCGAAUCUCAAAUCAUUGACCAGAGCACCAUGAAUGAGUUGACUCAAGGCAGUCGGACAGUGGAACAGGUGACCCAGAUGGACUCUGUGAAGCGGUAUCUCCAGGGAACUAGCCCAAUAGCUGGUGUUUUUGUUACAUCUAAGAAAGAAGGCUCACAAAGAGAGAAGAUGACCAUUUAUGAUGCCAUGUUCAGAAGAAUAUUGAGGCCAGGGACAGCACUGGUUCUCCUUGAAGCACAAGCAGCUACUGGCUUUGUGGUUGACCCGAUACAGAAUAGAAGACUUUCGGUUGAGGAAGCUAAAAAUGCCGGACUUAUUGGCCAUGAGAUCUACAAUAAACUUCUGUCUGCGGAACGAGGAGUGACUGGAUACACCGACCCCUACACUGGAAACAAAAUCUCCCUCUUCCAAGCCAUGAAAAAAGAGCUGAUCGUGAAAGACCACGGUAUCCGUCUGUUAGAGGCACAGAUUGCCACCGGUGGCAUCAUCGACCCUGUGCACAGUCACCGAGUCCCUGUAGAGGUGGCUUACAAGCGAGGCUACUUUGACGAAGAGAUGAAUCAAAUCCUUUCUGACCCCAGUGACGACACAAAAGGUUUCUUUGAUCCAAAUACUCACGAGAAUCUCACAUACAUGCAGCUGCUCCAGAGAUGUGUCGAGGACCCAGAGACGGGGAUGUUCAUGCUGGAUGUGAAAGACACCAAACCCGCUCUUGUACGAACAGACUACACAAGUGCGCUGCAGUCUAAAACUGUUCUUAUCCAGUCUGGGGAAUUCCAGGGCAAGAAUGUCUCUGUUUGGGAACUUCUCAGUUCUAAAUAUGUUUCAGCUGAGAAAAGAGAGGAACUCCUAAGGACGUACAGAGCUGGGAGCUUGUCCAUUGAAGAACUCAUAACUAUUGUUAUUACCAUUAUUAAUGAGACCGAGGCAAGUGUGUCGUCAACUGACUCAACAGACAGUAAGAAUGAAGGUGAUGAAAUGAAGAUAUUAUUCCAGUCAGAGGUAGUGUCUGUGCCAGUGGGAGACUACAAAGGACAGAGAGUUUCACUGUGGGAACUUCUUCACUCUCAUUAUAUCUCAGAGGAAAAGAGAAAUGAGUUAUUAGACAAAGUGAAAUCAAGGACUUUGACUCUCCAAGAAACUCUUACAAUUAUAAUCCGUAUCAUUGAGGAAACUGAGCUAACGAGAAGUAAAACAGUGCAGCGACCCCCUCAGGUAUUAGUCGAGCAAGGUCUGAAAUUGGAUCUCACAGUCCACGCAGAUGAAAUCCAGAAAUCACUUCAGAGCAUCACCGUUCAUGUCCGUACCGGAGAAUUUCAAGGUCAAGAUGUUUCUGUCUGGGACCUACUUCACUCAAGGUAUAUAAGUGAGGAGAUGAGAAAGGAACUGGUUAGUAAUUAUGAGUUAACGGUUCAAGACAUGAUAGCAAUCAUUGUCCAACUAGUGGAACAGAAGAGCAGCAAAUCCCCUUUACAUGCACAAUACAACUUGACCGAGGAAGCACUCAAUGUUCUUCAGGCAGAAAGAACUGAAAUCUGUGUAGGAGAAUAUAAGGGCCAGAAGCUUUCUCUGUGGCAACUACUCACAUCUAGAUACUUAAGUGAAGAUAAAAGGAGAGACCUACUCGAGCAGUUUAAUCAGGGGACUGUAAGUGUGCAUCAGCUGAUCCGAACAGUCAUCACAGUCAUUGAAGAAAUUGAACAGAAAACUAGCAAUCUGAAGUUCAAAGGACUGAGAAGGCAAGUGACGGCCACCGAACUGCUCACCUCAGAAAUCAUUGACCAAGACACCCUACGGGAGCUUGCUCAGGGCAAGAAAACUGUGGAAGAAGUGACAGAAAUGGAUACAGUAAAGAGAUACCUUGAAGGAGAAAGUUGCAUUGCGGGAAUUCUGGUUCCAUCUGCAAAGGAACCAUCACAGAAAGACAAAAUGAGCAUCUAUAAUGCGAUGCAGAAAAAUAUCCUGAGACCAGGAACCGCUCUGGUACUUUUAGAAGCUCAGGCAGCAACUGGAUUUGUCAUUGACCCAAUAAAUAAUAAAAAACUUUCUGUAGAUGAAGCGGUAGCUGCUGGGGUCAUUGGGAAAGAACUCCAUGGAAAGCUCCUUUCUGCAGAACGGGCAGUAACAGGUUAUAAGGACCCUUAUACUGGGGACAAAGUCUCACUAUUUCAGGCCAUGCAGAAAGAACUGAUAGUAAAAGACCACGGCAUCCGUCUUCUUGAAGCCCAAAUUGCCACCGGUGGUAUCAUUGACCCAUUGCACAGCCACCGUGUUCCAGUGGAUAUUGCUUACAAACGAGGCUACUUUGAUGAAGAGAUGAACCAAAUCCUCUCAGAUCCUUCUGAUGACACCAAGGGGUUCUUUGAUCCCAAUACCCAUGAGAACCUCACCUACAUGCAGCUUCUCCAGAGAUGCAUUAAAGACUCCGAUACUGGACUUUGCUUGCUUGAGAUUAGUAAGGCCAAGUCUACUCACUUCAAGGCAGAGACAAAUUUUGAAAGCAGAUUAAAGUCCCUUACUGUCCAUCUAAAGAUUGGCCACUACCAAGGGCAGAAUGUUUCCCUCUGGGAACUUCUCAAUUCACAUUAUUUUUCAGAAGAAAAGAGACAGGAGCUGCUACUGAAGUACAAAACAGGAGCCAUCACUAUUAAUGAGCUGCAGACAAUCGUUAUAACUACAACUGAAGAGCUGGAAAGUAAAAAAACUGGGCAUUUAAAUGGAUCAGUUCAUGAAGAGUUGGACCAGAAAACUGUGCUGAGCUCUGCGUUUGUGCAGGUUACUAAAGGCAAGUUCAUGGGUCAAAAGAUCUCCGUCUGGGAGCUCCUGAACUCUGAGUAUUUUACAGAAGAGAAGAGGAAAGAGAUCCUACAGAAGUACAGCUCAGGGGCUUGGACCAUGGAAGAAAUCAUCACUCUCAUCACAACAAUCAUUGCUGAGGUAGAAAAGAAUAGGGAGAAGCUUGAGAAGGAAACACAAAGCACAUCAGAGUCUCUCCAUUCAACCACAGGUACCGAUAAGCAACUCCAACAAGCCCUAGAUGUCAUUACAGUCAGUGUCCCGGCUGGUGAGUUUCAGAAAGAGAAGAUAUCUCUCUGGGAAAUUCUCCAUACCAAAUACAUCUCAUCAGAUAAAAGGAACAGUCUACUAAACAAGCACCAGGUCACCAUAGAGACAUUAAAGGGAGAUAUAAUGAAACUAAUUGGGGAGAAAGAAGUGAAGGGGGAUGAGGAGGUUAAGCAAACACUUGAACUAAAGUUUAUGGAUGUGAGAGUUGGUAAAUUCAAAGGACAACAAGUUUCUCUGUGGGUUUUGCUUCACUCAAAAUACAUUUCUGAAGAGAAGAGAAAAGAACUUCUGGAAAAAUACAAAUCAGGAACAUUGACCCUGGAAGAAAUGUUCAGAAUCAUUAUCACUAUAACUGAGGAGACUGAGGAAAAAAGUCACAAUAUAAAGUUCACAGGCCUCAGGAGGCAGGUAACAGCCACUGAGCUACUCGAAUCUCAAAUCAUUGACCAGAGCACCAUGAAUGAGUUGACUCAAGGCAGUCGGACAGUGGAACAGGUGACCCAGAUGGACUCUGUGAAGCGGUAUCUCCAGGGAACUAGCCCUAUAGCUGGUGUUUUUGUUACAUCUAAGAAAGAAGGCUCACAAAGAGAGAAGAUGACCAUUUAUGAUGCCAUGUUCAGAAGAAUAUUGAGGCCAGGGACAGCACUGGUUCUCCUUGAAGCACAAGCAGCCACUGGCUUUGUGAUUGACCCGAUACAGAAUAGAAGACUUUCUGUCGAGGAAGCUAAAAAUGCUGGACUUAUUGGCCAUGAGAUCUACAAUAAACUUCUGUCUGCAGAACGAGGAGUGACUGGAUACACUGACCCCUACACUGGAAACAAAAUCUCCCUCUUCCAAGCCAUGAAAAAAGAGCUGAUCGUGAAAGACCACGGUAUCCGUCUCUUAGAAGCACAGAUUGCCACCGGUGGCAUCAUCGACCCUGUGCACAGUCACCGAGUCCCUGUAGAGGUGGCUUACAAGCGAGGCUACUUUGACGAAGAGAUGAAUCAAAUCCUUUCUGACCCCAGUGACGACACAAAAGGUUUCUUUGAUCCAAAUACUCACGAGAAUCUCACAUACAUGCAGCUUCUCCAGAGAUGUGUCGAGGACCCAGAGACGGGGAUGUUCAUGCUGGAUGUGAAAGACACCAAACCCGCUCUUGUACGAACAGACUACACAAGUGCGCUGCAGUCUAAAACUGUUCUUAUCCAGUCUGGGGAAUUCCAGGGCAAGAAUGUGUCUGUUUGGGAACUCUUGCACUCUCACUAUAUUUCAAAGGAAAAACGAGAGGAACUUUUGAAAAAAUACUCAUCAGGUAGUUUGUCAGCUACAGAUCUAGAAGCUUUAAUUCUCACAAUCAUCUCUGAGACAGAGCGAGAGAGAGUUGUGGACGUAACAAAGGAAGACCCGAAAAUCCACACAACUCUAAAAUCUGUAACUAUUGAUAUCUCAGUGGGGAGUUUCCAGACGAAAACAACAACAAUAUGGGAUCUGUUACAAUCUGAUUACUUCUCUGAGAGGGAAAGAAACGAUCUGCUAGAGAAGCUGCAUGCUGGGACAUUGACUUUAGAAGAAAUAAUCAAAUUUAUUGUGACUGUAGUUACAGAGAAAGAAACAAAAACUCUACAAAGUGUCACCACAACAACCCAAAUUAAGAGGGAGGAGGUAGUACAGAAAUCUAUUGACCUGAGUCAGUGGCCCCCAGAGGAGCAACUUCAGAAAGCUUUGGAGGCUAUUCCAUAUGAAGUGUCCAGACAACAAAAUCUGGGGGAGAAACAAGACAGUGAGUCUAUUUGGGGUGUUCUGCAAAGUGAGAAACUGCCUGAUGACCAAAGGAAAGAACUGUUAAAGACAUGCAAAGACACUGUACAAGACGUUCUGAUUGGUUGCAUCAGACUCAUCCAGGGAGAGGGACAGUUCUCAGCUGAGACCUUUUCAAUUGAUGAGCAAACACAGAAAUUAUUACAGAAUACAACAAUGGAAAUUUCUGUUGGGGAAUUCAAAGGUCAGAACUUGUCACUGUGGGACCUUCUUCUCUCCAAAUACAUUUCAGCCGAGAAAAGAAAAGAAAUAUUAAUGGCCUAUCUUACCGGCUCUUCCUCUAUACAAGACAUUAUCAGAAUGAUCACCACCAUUAUAGAGGAGACUGAAGACAGAACUAGUAAGCUGAUGUUCCAGGGGCUCAGGCAACAGGUUACGGCUGCAGAGUUGCUGAGCUCUGAAAUUAUUGACCAGAAGACCCUCGACGAUCUGUCCAAAGGGAACAAGACCCUGGAAGAGAUAACUCAAAUGGACUCUGUGAAAAGAUAUUUGGAAGGAACAAGCUGCAUUGCUGGAGUGUUUGCCCCCUCUAAAAAACAUCCUUCCAAGAUGGAGAAAAUGAGCAUUUACCAAGCUAUGCGGAAAAAUAUUCUAAGACCAGGCACUGCCUUGGUGCUUUUAGAAGCUCAGGCUGCAACUGGCUUUAUCAUUGACCCAGUCAACAACAGAAAACUGUCAGUAGAUGAGGCUGUUUCUUCUGGGGUGGUCGGAAAAGAGCUUCAUGCCAAACUGCUAUCGGCAGAACGUGCUGUUACCGGUUACAGAGAUCCCUACAGCGGGGACAAGAUAUCUCUCUUCCAAGCCAUGAAAAAGAAUCUCAUUGUCAAAGACCAUGGGGUCCGUCUGCUAGAAGCACAGAUUGCCACGGGGGGUGUAAUCGACCCUGUGUACAGUCAUCGAGUUCCUGUGUCUGUUGCCUACAAGCGCGGGUACUUUGAUGAAGAAAUGAACCAGGUUCUUUGCGACCCUUCUGAUGAUACCAAGGGUUUCUUUGACCCAAACACUCAUGAGAAUCUCACCUAUAUGCAGCUGGUACAAAGGUGCGUCCAAGACCCAGACACUGGGCUAAAUAUGCUAGAGGUGAAGGAUGUGAAGUCUCCUCUUUUCCAGAUUGACAAGACAAUACAAAGCUCCUUGCAGUCUCAGACUAUGGACAUUAAAGUUGGUCAGUACAAAGGUCAGAAUGUCUCUGUCUGGGAACUUCUCACAUCUCGCUAUCUUUGUGAAGCUGACAAGGAAAGACAAGACCUUUUGAUGAAGUACAAAUCUGGAGCCAUCACUAUACAGAAGCUGAUGGCAGAGCUUGUAUUGCUGGUCGAGAAGCUUGAAGAGAAGAGAAGCAGCUCCAACGUAGCCCAGCACUUCUCUGAAGGGGACACUGAUAAAGAGAAACACAGUUUCCUACAGUCUGUGGAGGUUGAAGUGACCGCUGGCCAUCUGAAAGGCCAGAAAAGUUCCCUUUGGCAGUUUCUCAAUUCUUCCUAUAUCACAGCAGAGAAAAGAAAUGAACUGCUUAUUAAGUAUGAAAGUGGAGCCCUGACCCUUGAGCAGCUCGUGCAGUCGGUCCUAGCGAUCAUGGCGGAAGCAGAGAAAACCGUCAUAAAUGGUUCCGAUGGAGCCAGUGUAGGAGAAUCAGGAAAGGCAGGGGCAGUAAUACAGUCCCUCUCCCAUUUCUCUACCUUCUUUUCUAUUGGUGAAUUCCAAGGUCCCAGUGUUUCUUUGUGGGAUAUACUUCACUCAAAGACCAUCAGCAGAGCAGAGAGGGACAACAUGCUGAAGAAAUACUUGCUCACAAUUGAAGAAGUCAUUGCCGUCCUUUCCAAGUUCUUUCCAUCCUCCAAGGGGCAAUCAGCAGAGCAAUAUGGGCAAACAGCUUCAUUUCUAAAGUCUGUAACUGUUCAAGUGGCUAUUGGAGAAUUUAAGGUAGAAGGCAAAGCUCAUUCACUCUGGGAGCUUCUACACUCUAAAUACAUCACCCAAGAGAAGAGGAACAAACUUAUUGAGAAGUUUGAGUCCAAAACGUUGACAUGGGAAGAAAUCUUCCAAAUAAUUGUCACUAUUAUAAAGGAGACGGAGGAGAGGGGACGGCAACUCAAGUUUAAGGGUCUCAGGAAGCAGGUCUCCGCGUCUGAGCUCCUCCAAUCACAAAUCAUUGACCAAGACACCCUCAUAGACCUGACCCUGGGCAAAAAGACAUUGGCUGAAGUGACUGAGAUGGAUUCAGUAAGGAGAUACCUAGAAGGAACGAGCUGCAUUGCUGGAGUUUUAGUUACGUCAAAAACUGACCCAUCAAAGAAGGAGAAGAUGAGCAUUUAUACCGCCAUGUUAAAGGGUAUCCUGCGGCCGGGGACUGCCCUCGUGUUGCUGGAGGCACAAGCAGCCACUGGAUUUGUCAUUGACCCCAUUAAGAAUAUAAAACUCUCAGUGGAUGAAGCUGCUGCCUCGGGGGUAAUAGGGCAAGAGCUCCACUCCAAGCUUCUGUCUGCGGAGAAAGCUGUAACCGGUUACAAUGAUCCCAGCACCAGCCAGAAGAUUUCUCUGUUCCAAGCAAUGCAGAAGGAGCUCAUUGUCCAACACCAUGGCAUCAGGCUCCUGGAAGCGCAGAUCGCAACGGGGGGCAUCAUCGACCCCGUGCACAGUCACCGUGUGCCGGUGGAAGUGGCCUACAAACGGGGUUACUUUGAUGAAGAGAUGAACAAGAUACUGGAUGAUCCCACUGAUGACACCAAAGGUUUCUUUGACCCCAAUACCCAUGAGAACCUCACCUACAUGCAGCUCCUCCAAAGGUGUGUCCAAGACCCAGACACGGGGCUGUUUAUGCUGGGGGUCAGCACAAAAUAAAUAACAAGGAAGGUAUUUUGCAAUAGCAUUGGAAAUAUUUCCAUUACUGUCGAGGGACUGAGGCUGAGCCAAUGGGGGAAAGCUCUUCUAGAUCAUUCUGGGAUACAGUGUAAUGGGGGGAUCUUCUGCAUGGGGAUCUACUGGACUCUCUCUGGAACUCUCUCUAGAACUCUAUAUAUCUCUAUAAAUCCCUAACAAGGGACUGAUUUUUACUCUCGUGGCAGCUCUGCUGGGAGCAAUUGCCCUGGCACCUCCACUAGCACCUUUAAUUGCCCUUUGCAAUGUUUAUGCUGGAAUAUAAUAAUCAUAGUUAGCAUGUUGGGAGAAGAUUGUUUUGUGUGAUGUUUCUCCAUAGAAAUAUAUGAUAAUGUAUGAAGAUCAUCCCUUCCCUGUGUAUUUCUACCCAUGGAUGGGAGCUGCCAUAUUGUUCUUAUUUACUUAAACAAUAUGGCCGCCCCUAUGUAUAAAUGCAUUUAUACAGAAAAGGAAUGUCAAGGGAGAGGCUCAUGGGAGUUUACUUGUCUGGGAAUAAAAUAGACUUUCUUUAUCUUUUAUAAAUAAACUGCUCUCUCAGCAAA